AUGAUUCCUCUUACGGCUGCCAGAGGUUUUAUCAAGUGUCUUCCGCCCAAAGCUGUGACCAGAUAUAGUCAACCCUAUUUGGCUUCAGGCCAGCGCAGAGGGUACAGCAAGGAAGUCCACGAUCACUUCUUCAACCCUCGGAAUACAGGCUCAUUUGACAUGAACGAUCCUGAGAAUAAGCAAAAAGUGGGGACCGCCAUAGUAGGCAAAGCUGCUUGCGGCGAUGUAAUAAAACUGCAGGUCAAGGUGGAGGAUGGGAAGAUAACCGACGCACGCUUCAAAACUUUUGGCUGUGGCUCGGCUAUUGCAUCUUCAUCCUACGCAACGGAGCUGAUCAAGGGCAAAACCACAGAAGAAGCAUUGAAGCUACGGAAUACAGAUAUUGCGUCACAUCUGAACCUGCCGCCCGUCAAGAUUCACUGCAGUUUACUAGCAGAGGAUGCAGUGAAGUUGGCAAUCGAUGACUACAACAGGAAGAAGCCGAAGACCAAAGAAUUUCAGCAUUGA